GUUGCAUGUUCUCCCCGUGUUCGCAUGGGUUCUCUUUGUGUUGUUUGUCUAUGUGUUGCCCUGUGAUAGACUGGCGACCUGUCCAGGGUGCCCCCCCCCCACCCCUCGCCCGUAGAGGCGGAUGGGCUCCAGCCCCCCACGACCCCCGCAUAGAAUAGAAGAUGGAUGACAAAUGUUUAAAAGGUAACGGUUAACGUGAUGCUGUCUUGUCACCUGGUCUCUCCUAAUCCUCACUGUGGAUAAAUGGAACCCUAGCAGAACGGCUCGAUGCUGGAGAGUGGAGUCAAAGGGCGGCCGUUGGAUGAAGUGGGCGGGACGCGCAUUCAGGAGCAGGGGUUUUUCUCGCUUCCUCAGUGCGUGAAAUAGCAAAUCUGUGCGGGACAUUAGCGGGACGAAGAAGCAGAGACUGUCUUAAUUCAUGGGAUUCUUGGACUAUGACGAGUUACGAUGAAGCCGUUGCGUUUUUGGGUCCGUGGGGACGUUUCCAGCAGGUCGUCUUCUUCUUGCUGUGCGCCUGCAUCGUGCCCAAUGGCUUCGGCGCGUUCACGCUCGUCUUCCUGACGGACGUACCGGCUCAUCACUGCCUGGUUCCGGACGUCAACAUCACCGAGGAGUGGCGUGAAGCCGUCGUCCCAGUAGAGGUGGUGAAUGGGAAACCAGAGCUGAGCAGAUGCAGCCGAUACAAACUGGGUGCGAUUCGAAAUCUCUCUGCUCGGGGCUUCACUCCUGGAAGGAACAUCAACCUGACGGACCUGGAGCAGGAGGCCUGCGUGGACGGGUGGAGGUACAGCACAGACGUCUACCAGUCCACCGUAGUCUCUGAAUUUGACCUGGUGUGCCGCGACCAGUGGAAGCAGCCGUUCACCUCCACAGUUUUCUUCGUGGGAGUCCUCGUCGGCGCCUUCUUCUCAGGGCAGCUCUCAGACAGGUUUGGAAGGAAACCUGUGGUUUUUGGUUCAAUAGCACUUCAGUCUGUUUCUACAUUUGCUGAAGCCUUCUCAGCUUCUUGGACCAUGUUCAUAGUCAUCGUCUUCAUCAAUGGCCUGGGACAGAUAUCCAACUUCGUAGCUGCUUUAGUUUUGGGAGCCGAGGUGUUGACUGGUAAUGUGCGAGUCCUCUACUCAUCUAUGGGCUCGUGUUUAGGUUUUGCUGCUGGCUACAUGAUGCUGCCUCUUUUUGCCUACUUUCUGAGAGACUGGCGGUCUCUGAUGCUGGCUUUGUCCCUGCCUGGCCUGGCCUACAUCCCCCUCUGGUGGCUGGUCCCAGAGUCUCCUCGCUGGCUGCUCUCCAAAGGAAGAGUGGAAGAAGCGGAGGCCAUAGUGAGAAAAGCUGCUAAGUGGAACAAGGUUCGCGCCCCUGAAGUCAUCUUCGAAGAAUACAGCGUUCUCGAGACAAAAACACCAUCAAAAGAACAUCACACGGUUUUUGACCUGCUGAGAAACGGCAGCAUUAGAACCACAACACUGAUCAUCUGCCUUGUGUCGUUUAGUAUGACUACUGCUUACAUUGGCCUGUCCUUCAACACAGCCCAGCUCUACGAUGACCCCUACAUCAGCUGCUUCAUCUCGGCGCUGGUGGAGAUCCCAGCCUACGUUUCCAGCUGGCUGGCUCUGCGACACCUCUCGCGACAGCUGGCUUUCAUUGGCACCUUGCUGCUGGGGGGGCUGCCUCUGUUCUGCGUGCAACUAGUGCCUCGACAUCUGUCAAACGUGUGUCUUGCCCUGGAGAUGGUGGGUAAAUACGCUGUCACCACCGGUUCGUCCCUGACGUUCGCCUAUUCAGCAGAGAUUUACCCGACAGUGCUGCGGAACACAGCCACAGGAACGUGGUCGACGGUGUCCAGACUAGGAAGCUGCAUUGCUCCGUUUUUGUUGAAGCUACGAAUAUACCUGGAGUGCCUUCCUCAUAUUAUUCUGGGGAGCCUGGCUGUUGCGUCUGCAUUUGCUGUUUUGUUCCUCCCGGAGACGUUUGGACAACCUCUCCCCGAAACUAUUCAACAAAUGCGUAAGAGAGAAAGAUUGAGGUGUCCCUGCAUCAAGAAAGAAACCCCAGUGUCAGUACUGGUAGACAAUGUUCUUUGAUGAGGAGAAAUCAAAUCCUGAAUCUACCUGUGUAUUAGAUGCCACAAAUUUUAUUUUGCAUUAAACUCCUGAAAUAAAGGAAACACUAAAAUAACACAUCCUAGAUCUGAAUGAAUUAAAUAUUCUUAUUUACUAAUUGGUAAUAUGUUUACCAGUGAUAUUGAUGACAACGGUUAGUUCAUGAUUCAGCAUAGAAAAAGAUAAAAAUGUUGUAUAGGCAGGAGAUGAAUGAACGUGCUGUGAGGAGGAGCAUCCUCUGGCAGUCAGGGUUCCUCCUCAUUCCAGAGCACAUUCACAUACGUUUAGGGUCGGGGAGGACUCUUUCACUGGGGCCUGGGGGUGGGGGUCAGCUGUGGCCUCACCCACCAGCCCUGGUGGAGAGGACCACUACCCCCUUUUAACUACACAAUGUCAUAGUGAGUCUGUCAGCCAGCUUCCUGUUUUAGUUUGUAGCCACUUCCGGGUUUUUGUUCUGUGACCUUGACCAUUCAUCCACCACAUCAGUGUGGGUGGUGGAUGUUUCAUCAGUAAUCAGCCUGUGUAUUUAGUGGCCACAUCGUCGCAUGUGUGUUUUCCUGUGUCGCCCCAGCAAUCUGACAGUCUGUACGUUUUCAUGUCUCUGUGGAACCUCCCUGCUUGUACCAAAGCCAAUCCGGACUGAUCUGUUGCCAACCUGCAUUCUUGUAAGACUCUGGUUUUGCCGCUACCACUUACCUGUACCUCUGACACUUGUUUGCUGCGUCUGUUUAACCACCGUUGCAUUAAAGCUUUUUCAUCUGUCCGGUUCCGAGCUGUGCACGUGGGUCCGCCUUAUCUGAGUGCCUGACACACACGCUGUCCAGGAGACACAUCAUCUGAUGGAAGUCUCCCCCACUUUUAAUGCACUCUAGUUCCACACACUCCCAUUCAAGCUGGGCUGCAUGGCCCCGGGCGACUCCCGCUGAGAAAAUCUCAUAGGAAAAUGUGUACAGGAUCUAUUGAUGGCUAUAGAAACACUGUAGAUAAUCUGCCAUUAUUCUGUAUCAAACCCUGCAAAUAUAAACAGAAUAAUGAAUUAAAUUAUUUCUGCUU